ACCGGAUGAGGGUGAGAGAAAUCGCCGACGUGACAAAGAUGACGAUGAAUGAAAGUCACGCGAUGAUGAAAUCUCAGUUGUACGACGACGAAUUUCAACAUUCUUUUUGACAAUGUCUUUCUUCGAAACAGCAACGGAUGCUGUUGAUGAUGUGGAAGGAGUAGAUCAAAUGGGUGCUGUUACAGUACAACCUGGUGAAAUUGAAGAUUCAUUAAUUGUAACAUUUCAAAAGAAAGCAGAUGCUGACACAGCUCUUCAAUUUGGUAUGACAUUUAAAGAGCGUCGUUUACACAUAGCGUGUUAUAUGGGACCAUCAGCUCAAUUGUUUGAAGAAAAUAAACCCAAACAUCAACCACCACAACGGAUACUAUCGGAGACCAGUGAAGAUGAACUAUUAGGUGCACACGCAAGUAAAACACCCACAACACCGUCAACAACAUCGACAGAGAAAUCGGCCGGUAAUGCAAGUGCACAAACAUCAAGCAAUGUGGGAGAUAGUCAAAAUAAUAAAAGUAUCGAAAAUGAAGAACAGUUAAUUGGGUAUGGUGUAGACGAAGAUAUAGAUGAUGAGGACAUUUUACUCGGUUCAAUUGAUAGAGAAGAUGCCACGUUACCAUCACCACCUUCAUCACAAUCUACCAAUAAAAGAUCGACAAUAAUAACUCCAGCUGCCGCAAUGGUUGAGAUAAGUGACGACGAUGAUGAACUGGAAAAUUCAUCACAGUUUAAACCUAGUUUGAAUUUGGACGAUGAUGAAGACGAAGAACAAUUAUUAAGAAAUCUGCUCAUCAAUGGACAUGAGUUAGAGUCAAAUCUUGUAAAAAAGUUACCAAAUUUAAAAGCGUUUCAAUUUUCGAUCAGAUGUCAUUAUUAUGAAUCGACUGAAAAUGAUAUUGAUAUGAUAAUUAGAACCUAUCAAAGUGAUUAUUGGAUUCAAAUUUAUCCUAAAGAUAUUGGGUUUUAUUAUGUACUCAAUAGAUAUUUUGCAACAUUUUCAGUACCGUAUGCAUUUGAACAUAUCAGUGGCGUCUCAAAUAACAUCGUUAACUAUAGAUCAAAUAGAACAUUAAAGACAAAUAUUAACAACAACACUGUAUUAAUGGAAAAAUUACGUAAAAUUGUCUUAUGCGAUCCACAAUCAUCGUACACACUCAAAUUAUUUCUGUUUCUGCAAUCCAACUGUCCCAGAUUGCGAGAACUAUGGUUUUUUGGUUUUACGCAUUUGAAUGAUGAUGUUUUGCCAACGAAUAUUCAGUUAUCCAAGAUAAAAAUGUUAUUAAUUGCUUAUGAUGAAAUGUGUCAGUAUAAGUCCGUUAGAUGUUCACUUUUGUUACUACCUAACUUAAAAGUAUUAGCUAUUACUCAUCAGUUGUUAUUAACGAUAUUCAAUGAUAUAUGUCAAGAUCACCAAAAACGAGAUACAAGAUGCAAACAAGUCGAUGAAUUGAUUUUAGAUUAUUAUGAUUAUCAAAAUCAAAUGAAAAAUGAGGAAGAUGAAAUUAGACGUAUAUUUCCUAAUUUAAAAGUGUACGAUUGUUGUCUUGAAUAA